AUGAGUAGCGGAUCGGAUUCGUUUAUUGAAUUUUAUGAAUGUUUGAUUUGUUCCGAAAUUGUACAGAAUAAUCGAGAAUGUAAAAAUUGUCAUAAAUUGUUUUGUUUGGAAUGUAUUAUGAAGUGGUUAAAAGUACAUGAGAAUUGCCCUCAUUGCAAUCAUUCUCCAGUGGCUUGCAAAAGCGCAGAGGACAACAGCGCUUUCAUUCACAAUCAUCAUUCCGAAAUGAUUGCCAAUUCCAUUGUGGUACCCUGUCCCAAUGCCGAGUGUGGAUGCGAUAUUAAAAAGAUUGCCCGAGGAGAUUUGAAAUUGCAUUUGGAAAAGUUCUGUACAGGUCGUACGGUUUCUUGCAAGUAUGCCAAGUAUGGCUGUGAAUGGAGUGGUCAAAUGUUACGAUUGGAAGAGCACUACAAGGAGUGUGCCUUUUCGAAAGAAAUUGUUGUGAAAGCUUUGGAAAAACUUGAAUUGAAUAUUUCAGAGUUGACUCGUGAGAAUGAGCAAUUGCGUCAAGAAAAAGCGAAUUAUGAAUCAAAGAUUAAGGAAUUGGAAGAGAAGAAUUCUCUGUUAAAUGGUGGCAAUAAUAUGCCCAUUCAUCAUUCUUUAACGGCAAUGAAUGGUGAUGUAAGCUUGACCAAUUCAGGACGUGACACCAUGAGCACUCCUUCUCCAACCGCUCCUGUUGAAUCCAUGCAACAAAUUCACGAUUCUUCAUCUCUUCCACCAUGGGCUCAAUCCAGUUACUACUCUUCCUAUAAUCCUUCCUAUAGUGGAACGACUUCGUUUUAUAAUAGUGCUGGAGUGUCUACUGCAUUCCCUCCUCCAUCCUCAGGUGUUCCAUCCAUGAGUGGUGGUAAUCCAUUGUUUAGCUCCAUGUUAAGUUCUGUUUCAUCAUCGAUUUAUAAUCCACCACUACAACCACCACCAUUUAUGACUUCUUCCUCCUAUAUGAGUAGUAGUAGUAAUGUUUUUGGAAGUAUGAAUCCGGGUAUGAGUAGUAGUAGCAAUGGUAAUGGUUCUAUCAAUGCCAUUCACACUGUGGAGUGUGGAAUUUGUAAAAAGACCAAUUUUUCUGGAGUCUUGUAUCAAUGUACCUCCUGUAUUAACUUCUCCAUUUGCUCGGCAUGUUAUAGCACCUUGCAAAUCACUCAAACUCAUGACCGAUCGCAUGGAUUCUUCCCUCUUAGGAAAGCUCGAGGCAAAAUAAGUGGAGUGACAUGGCUUCGACUUGCCACCUGCGGCAGUUCAGUGUCAUUACCUCUUGCUGAUAACGAUUAUCAGGAUUUGGAGUUUUAUGUGAAUGAACGGACAGGAGCAAUCACUCCAUUCAUGCCAAUUGGAAUACCCAACUCUAAAAGCAUUUCUGGAUCUUGGACUUCCACUUUACUCCAAAUGGCCAUCUAUUGGCCCAAUACAACAAGAGCCAUCAUGUUGGAGAGUUCAGUUGGACCCUUACCAGCAACGACUACCACUCUACAAACGACUCUCAAGUUUACUGUAAAGGCUUCAGGAAUGGGCGGAAGAGGAGUUGCAGGUGAUGGAGGUUGUCUCAAUUUGACCUUGGCUUUGAGCUAA